AUGCUGAGUGUCACACUCCGCCUCAGAUCGUCGGCUAUUCCAGCACCUUCCUAUUGGCCUCUCCACAUCUUGUUGCUGGAGUUACUGGUACCGGGGAGCUUGCCCAGCAUGUCCAGACACCCUCCAGCCGCCAAGCGCGAGAUCCUCAUAGAUGGCGACUUGGUGAUCGGGGGCCUAUUCCCGGUGCACCACAAAGGCGAAGGGACAGAGGACUGUGGUAAAAUUAACGCAGAGAGAGGUAUCCAAAGACUGGAGGCCAUGCUCCUAGCGCUCGACGAGAUUAACUCUAGUGAUCGCAUCCUUCCUGGACUUCAGCUGGGGGCGCACAUCCUUGACACCUGCUCAAAGGACACCUAUGCCCUGGAGCAGUCGCUGGAUUUCGUCAGGGCAUCCCUCACCAAGGUGCACGACCCAGGCUUCAUCUGCCCGGAUGGCUCUCGACCCAUCCAGAACGAGGUCCCACUGGCUAUUUCGGGAGUCAUCGGAGGAUCCUACAGUGACGUUUCCAUCCAGGUGGCCAACCUCCUGCGACUUUUCCAGAUCCCUCAGAUUAGCUACGCCUCCACCAGUGCCAAGUUAAGUGAUAAAUCUCGAUAUGACUACUUCGCUCGCACAGUGCCUGCAGACUUCUACCAGGCCAAAGCCAUGGCAGAGAUCCUGCGUUAUUUCAACUGGACCUACGUGUCAACUGUAGCAUCGGAGGGCGACUACGGCGAGACCGGCAUCGACGCCUUCCAGCAGGAAGCCCGUUCUCAUCAAAUCUGCAUCGCCACCUCAGCCAAGGUGAGCCGCUCCAUGAACCGCCAGGGCUUUGAGAAUGUCAUCCGCUCCCUGCAGCAAAAGUCCAACGCCAAAGUGGUCAUCAUGUUCACCCGCAGUGAAGAUGCCCGGGAGUUACUGGUGGCUGCCGCUCGCAUGAAAGUUACCUUCAUUUGGGUGGCCAGUGAUGGCUGGGGGGCACAGGAGAGUGUGGUGAGGGGCAGCGAGAUGGCAGCAGAUGGUGCUUUCACCAUUGAGCUGGCCUCCUACCCAAUCAGGGAAUUUGAAGAUUACUUUACCAAACUGAAUCCAUACACCAACAACAGGAACCCGUGGUUCAGAGAGUUCUGGGAGCACCGCUUUGGUUGCAGCCUCCAGGAACACGGAUGCAGCGACCAUAGCCUGAGAGACGGAACGUUUGAGCAGGAAUCCAAGAUCAUGUUUGUCGUCAACGCAGUCUAUGCCAUGGCUUACGCCCUACACAACAUGCGGCAGGCGGUGUGCUCCAACACAUCUAAAGUCUGUGAAGCAAUGAAACCAGGCAAUGGUAAAAGAUUCUACAAGGAGUUCAUCUUAAAGACCAAGUUUGAAGCUCCAUUUCGACCUGUUGACACGGAGAACAUGGUGCGUUUCGACUCGGUCGGCGACAGCAUCAGCCGCUACAACAUCUUCCACUACCAUAAAGAUGAUGGAAAGUUUGUCUACAAGAAGGUCGGCUACUGGGACCAAAAUCUGACCCUGAACACUACUCUGGUAAGCUGGCGCGGCAUCUCACCGCCUACCUCCCAGUGUAGCGACCCCUGUAAAAAAAAUGAGGUGAAGAGCAUGCAGCCCGGAGAUGUGUGCUGCUGGAUCUGCAUUCCGUGCCAACCCUAUCAGUACCUACAAGAUGAGUUCACCUGUGCCGAUUGCGGCUUUGGUCAGUGGCCUCUCGGCAAUCUCACAGGUUGCUACGAUUUGCCCGAAGAGUACAUCCGUUGGGAGGACGCGUGGGCCAUCGGGCCUGUUACCAUCUCCUGCUUGGGAAUAAUGUGCACCCUGUCAGUUGUGGGUCUUUUCUUCAAACACAACGAGACACCCGUGGUGAAGGCGAGCGGGCGGGAGCUUUCCUACAUCCUCCUCCUAGGAGUCCUAAUGUGCUACAGCAUGACGUUCAUAUACAUCGCCAAACCUUCCACCGCUGUUUGUACCUUGCGCCGACUGGGCUUGGGCGCAUCAUUCGCAGUGUGCUACUCGGCCCUCCUCACCAAGACCAACCGGAUUGCUCGCAUUUUCAGCGGCGUGAAGGAUGGCGCCCAGCGGCCGCGCUUCAUCAGCCCGGCCUCCCAAGUGGCGAUAUGCGGAGCCCUUAUCUCUUGUCAGCUGCUGGUGGCCGUCAUCUGGCUGCUGGUGGAGGUGCCUGGCGUGAGGAAGGAGGUGAGCCCAGAUCGACGAGAUGUGGUCACCCUCAAGUGCAAUAGCAGGGACUCCAGCAUGCUCAUGUCGCUUACCUACAACUGCGUCCUCAUCGUCCUCUGCACCGUCUACGCCUUCAAGACGCGGAAGUGCCCCGAAAACUUCAACGAGGCCAAGUUCAUCGGCUUUACCAUGUACACCACUUGCAUCAUCUGGCUCGCCUUCCAGCCCAUCUUCUACGUCACAGCCAGUGACUACAGGGUCCAGACCACCACCAUGUGCAUCUCUGUCAGUCUGAGUGGCUCCGUGGUCCUGGGCUGCCUAUUUGCUCCCAAGAUCCACAUCAUCCUGUUCCAGCCUCAGAAGAACGUGACCUCGCUGAGGGUCACCGCCAAUCGCUUCAGUGCCACCGUAUCGGCCUCUGCAUCUGUUCCCAGUUCCAGUUACUCCAAAGGAUCAGCUUCCAACUAUGUGCCAGCAGUGUGUAAUGGCCGAGAAGUGGUGGACUCGACGACUUCUUCUUUGUGA